AUGUCGCCCUACGCCGCCGUGCGACCCUUGCACCGCUUAUUUUUGUGUGUGAUCGCCUCCUGCACCAUCGUCACCAUCACGCUGCUCUGCAGGGAGAACGUGUCAGAGCAGAAAUCUGCGGUGCCUCGUCUCCUCUCCAACGACCAUGAAGACCAGUCCUCCCGUCGUCAUGGCAACGCACGCGAGGUGGGGGAGGAGAAAAAUACCCCCCUUACCUCACCCCCUCCGCCAAUUUUGAACUGGCACAAUUUUUUUGACUUCAUAGAAGAGGCAGCUGGCUGCAGCAAUCUGGAAAUGUUGGGAGGCAUCAUGGUAGGGGAGGUGAGGGACGGCGACAAGGCCGUGUGUCUGGACAAUGGCGUCGCCCCCACACCGGGCGCCUGCCUCGUCCUGUCCUUCGGCAUCAACAACGAGUGGAGCUUCGAUGACGCCAUGGAGGAGUACGGCUGCAGGGUGACUUAUUUGCCUUAUUGAUUCUUUGCUGUAUUUGAGUGGAGCUUCGAUGACGCCAUGGAGGAGUACGGCUGCCGGGUGACUUAU